AUGGACAAGUACCUGCGGACCUGGAGACAGGACGCCCUCAACAAGGGCCAGCAUGAUGCUGCCAUCUACAUUGGAGACAAGGUGCUUGCUUUGACCAACAAUGACGCAGACGCUUUCUGGCUGGCUCAGGUCCAUUUUGGAAAUAACAACUUUACCCGUGCCCUUGCACUCCUCUCUCGAAAAGAUCUAAUUGCUCGAAGCUUGUCAUGUCGAUAUCUGGCUUCCCAUUGCUACAUCAAACAGGGCAGAUAUGAUCAGGCUCUCGAAGUUCUCGGCGAGGAUAACCCCAUACAUCUAAUUACAACCUCUCACAAUGCCCGACGGAAAUUGGCCCACAUCAAUGGUCGAUCUCAGAGGAAUGUCACCCAACGAGGCGCAAAGGCUCCAAGAGACAGGAUUGAGCUGAGUGAAGAGCGGGAUCGCGACCGUGAAUCUGAGAAGGAACUCAAGUUUCAAGCGGGCAUGUGUUAUCUGCGUGGUCUCUGCUUUGCGAAACGGAAUGCCUUCGAUCGUGCAAGAGACUGUUACAAGGAUGCCGUUCGUAUCGAUGUACAGUGCUUUGAAGCAUUCGACCAACUUAUGAAGAACUCUCUCAUGUCUCCUGCCGAAGAGCUAGCGUUUCUAGAAGAGUUGGAUUUUGAUUCAAUACGUAUUGAGGAUCAGUCCAUGGCCCAGGAAGCCGCUCACUUCACCAAAUUACUCUACACCACCCGCUUGUCCAAAUACUCUUCGCCUGCAACCUUGGCCAACGCCACCGAAACUCUUUCUACCCACUAUAACCUUGCCUUGAAUCCGGAUUUGCUACUGACGAGGGCAGAGACACUCUAUACUCAGUGUCGCUUCUACGAGGCCCUCGCCAUCACCACCAAUAUCCUCAACUCUCGGGAGACAUCAGAUUCAUCCUCUACCCUCAAUUCUGCGUCGACUGGUACCAACGCUGCCCUCGGCCACAGUCCUCGUCUGUAUCCUCUCCACCUCGCAGUCCUCUACGAAACUGGCUCUCAUAAUACACUCUUCCACCUGUCGCAUACUUUAUCGACACAUGCUCCACAUGAGUCAUAUACCUAUCUUGCUAUAGGUACUUACUAUCUUUCCACUUUCAGGAUAGCGGAAGCUCGCCGUUUCUUCUCCAAAGCGUCUUUAAUGGAUCCACAUUCGGCACCAGCCUGGAUUGGUUUCGCCCACACCUUUGCCGCCGAAGGCGAACAUGAUCAAGCCAUUGCCGCCUAUUCGACUGCCGCGAGGUUGUUUCAGGGUAGUCAUCUUCCUCAGCUAUUUCUUGGAAUGCAACAUCUCGCCCUGAACAAUAUGCAGUUGGCUUGGGAGUACUGUCUUGCUGCGUUUGAAAUGAGCAGUGGUGCCAUCAAAGCUGAAACCGAAGACGAUCUUGGGACGAGGAUUUCAAACAGCAGUAGUAGCGUCGGAGGUGAUCCUUUGGUUCUCAACGAAAUUGGCGUGAUUCUUUAUCAUCAGGCCAAUCUACCAGCAGCAGCCAAACUCUUUCACAAGUCCUUGGAACUCGCUUCAGAUCUCGGCUGUGACAUGACAGCUUGGGUUGCAACUAGGGCAAAUUUGGCACAUGCUCUGCGGCGGCUUGGCAAAUUCGAAGAAGCUCUAGCAGAAUUUGACGAAUGUCUGAGAACUACCACUGGAGGUGCAGCUCCAGCAACUGGAGCGUUGGAGCCUAGCCGAGGCAUGUCAGCAUUUGCCAACAUGAGUCUUGGUGGUUCCGGGGUUGGUCCCAAUCCCAGCAGUGCCGCCAGUGGCUAUGAUGAUCGCAACUUAAUAGGCAGCAUCCACACAAGCAGAGGCCUCGUUCUACUCAGUAUAGGCGGACGUACCAGAGAAGCUGUCAUGGCUUUGCACGAAGCUGUGAGAGUUCUUGGUGGCGACGCUGGUGGUGGUGGCGUUGCAGGGACAUUAUUGAGUCGCGCAAUGGGAUUUUGGGCUGUUGAAGAGGACCACGAUAUUGCUGAAGUCGAUCCGCUGACACACCAUUCUGUCAUAUCUAGCACCCGAAAAAGAAAGGGUAAAGAACCUGGUGUUGGCAGUGCGCCCACACGAAUGAGUAAUGAACGAAGGAUUGAACGAGGCAUGGACCAAGCCGGUGAUGACAUGUUGAACGCUGCAUUCCAGGCUCUGCGGUGA